AUGGAGCAAGAAUCAGGAUACAGUUAUUUUACUGAGAUUGAACCUUCUGAAUGGUCUCUUAUCGGCUUUUUAGAAUGGAAAUCUAAAACUACUCAUCUUAUAUAUAGAAGCAAGAAGCAUAGUGCGUUCAAAUCUUUUCUCCGGAAUAUUGCAAAAGACAAAAAAACACCAAUGCACAAAGGGCGCAGAUGCUACUCGACAACUGGAAAUGUGAUCGCUGAGUCAUCUAAUGUUGAGUCGCUGAGCUUGUUACAGUCUGUCAACCAUACCUGUAAUAUUCAGUUUUAUUGCGUGAUCACUGAGUCAUCUAAUGUUGAGUCGCUGAGCUUGUUACAGUCCGUCAGCAGUAACCGUGAUGUGUUUUGUAUUAUUGAUAAUCUCGAAAAGAGUAAACAAAGUGCGGAAGAGGAUAAUGUCAAAUAUAAAUCACAAGAUCCCAUUGUAUCUGCAAUCAGUGCAGUUUUAGAUUCUUCAUCAUCUGAAAAUGAUUAUACUAUGGACUCAGAUUAUUUUUCACCUGAAGAUGAUGACAUUACAGAUUCAGUUUCUAUAAAAUCUUCUCAAAAUUCAUUAGUAAAGCUAAGGAAAGUCCUAGUAGAAAAGAAACCUUAG